AUGUCAAGAGGACGAAAAAGGAAAUCUGACAAAGGCCUGCUCAGUGCAGGCUCGAUGAAACAGGCUGUCAAAGAUGUAAUUGUACAUAACUUGAGUUUAAGGAAGGCAGCGGAGAAAAACAACGUUAAACACCAGACAUUAGCUAGGUACGUUAAAAAAACACAAGAUACUGAAGGUAAUAAAGAAGAAUUAUCUUACCGCCCCCACUAUGAUACACGGAGAGUGUUUUCCGACGAACAGGAAAAUAUUCUGAAGGAUUUCAUUAUCAAAUGUAGCCAAAUGUGCUACGGCAGGUCCACAAAAGAUGUUAGACAGUUAGCUUAUGAACUUGCCGUCCACAACAAAAUUCAUAUCCCAAAGCAAUGGAUAGAGAAUAAGACAGCGGGGGUGGACUGGUUACAGGGGUUCAUGAAACGUCACCCAGAACUGAGUAUUAGGCAACCAGAAGCCUGCAGCCUUUCUAGAGCUACAUCCUUCAAUCGCAACAACGUCGAGCAGUUUUUUCGAAACUUAGAAGAUGUAUUGAAGCGCUACAAUGGUUUUGCCGCUGGAACUCGUGUCUAUAAUCUGGACGAGACCUCCACAACCACAGUCCAAAAAUCCUCAAGGAUUUUAGCGAAAAAAGGAGUGAAGCAAAUAAACAAGGUGACUAGUGGAGAACGUGGAUUAUUGGUAACCACCUGCUGCAUUAUAAGUUCUGCAGGAAAUGCUUUACCACCAGCUAUGAUCUUUCCCAGGGUUAAUUUCAAGCCUCACAUGUUACACGGAGCUCCAUCAGGAACCUUAGGCCUCGCUACCCCAUCGGGUUGGAUGAAUUCUGAGCUUUUCGUAUCUGUUAUUAAGCACUUUAUUUUGCACUCUGGCAGUUCAAAGUUGAAUCCAACCUUGCUACUGUUCGAUAAUCAUGAAAGUCACCUUUCAAUUGAAACCCUGAACCUGGCUAAAGACAACGGAGUUGUUAUUUUAACACUGCCGCCCCAUUGUUCUAAUAAACUACAACCAUUGGAUGUAUCAGUAUUUGGGCCAUUCAAGACCUAUUAUAACAGUGCAUUGGACUCAUGGAUGAUGACAAAUCCUGGAAUUCCAGUUACAAUAUUCCAGAUUGCCGAGUGCGUUGGAUAUGCGUUUGACAAAUCCAUGACCCCAUCAAAGCAGGUUUCAAAAAAUGUGGCAUUGUGCCAUUUGAUAGCCACGUUUUUGGAGAUGACGAUUUCCGAAUGA